UUUCUUAAUGAACUGGACCCAUCUCUGCGCAUGCUCCUGCGUAAACAAUAUGUGGGGGAAAUUAGGUGUCUCUGGUUGGGAAGUCGAGUUUUAAAAAGCGCAGGCAGACCAUGAUAUGACGACUUCACUGAUCCUGCAUCCACACUGGGCGGAUACCUUUAUGUACGUGUAUGAGGAAAACCCGAAUGAAAAUAACCAGAAUAAAACCCCAGCCAUGGAGGCGCUAAGUGGGAACUGCCCAGCGAGCCACUGCAGGGAUAUAAUAACUUUGGGUCGCCAUUCCAGCACCAUUGGGACUCACCAGGGUUCUGUGUACACGGAUAUACCCGCUCCGGAAGCUGCCAGGCAGUGCCCUCCUCCACCAACCUCUUCCAACGCCACGCUGGGCUACGGCUACCCCUUUGGAGGCAGCUAUUACGGGUGCAGAUUGUCUCAUUCCCACAACGUGAAUUUACAACAAAAACCUUGUUCCUACCACCCGGCAGAAAAGUACCCCGAACCCAGCGGUUCCAUCCCCAGCGAAGAACUAUCUUCAAGGGCCAAAGAGUUUGCUUUUUACCCCAGCUUUGCCAGCUCCUACCAGGCGGUCCCUGGUUACUUGGACGUGUCAGUUGUGCCAGGUAUCAGUGGCCACCCCGAACCGAGGCAUGACGCUUUGCUUCCCAUGGAAGGAUACCAGCACUGGGCUCUUUCCAACGGUUGGGAUGGGCAAGUAUAUUGCUCCAAAGAGCAGUCACAGUCUACCCAUCUCUGGAAGUCACCUUUCCCAGAUGUGGUACCUCUCCAGCCAGAAGUGAGCAGCUACCGUAGGGGCCGGAAGAAAAGGGUCCCCUACACGAAAAUCCAACUGAAAGAACUCGAAAAGGAAUAUGCAGCCAGCAAGUUCAUUACCAAAGAGAAGCGUAGGAGAAUUUCGGCUACCACCAACCUUUCUGAACGCCAAGUCACUAUCUGGUUCCAGAAUCGGAGGGUCAAAGAGAAAAAGGUAGUUAGCAAAUCUAAGACACCUCACCUUCACGCUACCUGACAAAGAAAUAUUUGAGGGGGUGGGGGAAAAAGACAGAAAGAAACACGUAUGAUUAUUUAUCUGAUAAGUCUGUCUAAUAAUAACAUACAUUCGAAUUCUUUGGUGAUUCAAUUGGUCAUUUAAAAACGAAAACAAAACCACAGAAAUAAACAGCAUCUUUAGUUUAUUCCUCUGCCCUCUUCUACUGUCCUCCGACUGUGAAUAUCUAAUUGCUCUCAAGCAUCCAUCGAUAACGUUAACAGUGUCUAUUAAAUGCAAAUGUAGAUUUGUUAUGUUUCAAAGACAUGAAUCCUGAAUGUUAUUUUGUAACUCUGUAUAAUAGCCUAGCCCUCCCCCCGCCCCCGCCCCCCGCACCUGCUCCAGUACACAACCUUUCAUAUCUCUGGCUAUUUCACGCACUGAUGUCAAAUGUAUGGAGAGUCUUGCCCCUGUAGCAGAAUCCUGUCAUGUUACAUUAGCUGAAUAUUCUUUCACCUCACAGGAUCCCCUAAAAAUAAGGCUGCUAUCGUGCGAAGAGAAUAUUUUUUAUUAUUAUUAUUAUUAUUAUUCUGUGUCACUUGCAAAAAUAACAAAUACUAAUUUAGGUCACCCAGGAAAUGAAAGUGACUUGCUAUAUAAUACAUUUUUGAGGGUAAGUUCUCAUUGGGGUUUAUAUAUCUCUGCCAUCAAACUAGAAUGUCUCUUUUUUUCGCGGACAAUAUGGAAAGUCCCCCAUAUUGUCACUGGUUUGGUUGUUCCCCCCGCCCCCUCCAUGUAAAUCGGCUCAUUAUCGACAGUGUUCUUUCGAGAUGUAAA